GGUGUUUUGAAGUUUCCCGGUGAGCCAGCUGUGUUUACGUGCGUCCUUCCACCGUGGACCGAGCUGACGUCUCCCGGGAUGACAGCGUGGAUUAGAGAUACACACCCACAGUGGUGGUGUAUAAAACACGGGCUAUCCACGGACACGGAGACACGCAGACACGGAGACACGCAGACACGGAGACUCGGAGACUCGGAGACACGGAGACACGCAGACACGGAGACUCGGAGACUCGGAGACACGGAGACUCGGAGACACGCAGACACGGAGACUCGGAGACACGCAGACACGGAGACUCGGAGACGCGCAGCCUCAACCUGAGACAGUUCCGACCUGGACCUUCAUCAUGGGAGUCAUCAUCUCGCAGAUCUUCUCCAGGUUCAUCUCCAAGACUCCGGUCCGGAUUCUAAUGGUGGGCCUGGAUGCUGCAGGUAAAACCACGCUGCUGUACAAACUGAAGCUGGCUGAGGUGGUCACCACCAUCCCGACCAUCGGUUUCAACGUGGAGACGGUGGAGUAUAAAAACAUCAGUUUCACCGUUUGGGACGUUGGUGGUCAGAGCGUCAUCAGACCGCUGUGGAGACAUUACUACACCAACACACAGGGUUUGAUUUUUGUGAUUGACAGCAGCGAUUCUGAGAGGAUUAAAGAGGCUGCAGACGAGCUGCACAGGCAGCUGGAGGAGGAUGAGCUGAGGGACGUUCCAGUUCUGGUUUUUGCUAACAAACAGGACUUACCCAGAGCCAUGUCUGUCGAUGACAUCACAGAGGCUCUCAGCCUAUCAGGAGUCCGGCAGCCGUGGUUCGUCCAGUCGUCCUGUGCCGUCAGCGGCGCCGGUCUGGUGGAGGGACUGGACUGGCUCUCCGACCAGAUCCUGAAGAAGUAGCUGCUGCUGAGACGCUCUGAUUUCUGACGUUCCUGCUGAGUCCUGAAGGCACCAGGCGGCCGCUGGCGCCGUUUACCUGGAGAAACCUGAAGGAUCAGCUGAGAAAACGUCCAAACCUGUAAAACUGUCGCACUUUUUCUCUGAAAAGAGACAACCAGAAACUAUUUGAGUUUUUUUAUUUGGGUUUGGAAUAGUUGAGAUAUUUACAUAUUGCUGUAAGAUUUAAUAUUAUUCCUUGAAGGUUUUUUGAUUCUUCCUACAACGUUUGCAUUACCAGUCACCAGCUGUUUAUUUUGGGUGAUUUUACAACAGGUUUUGUGGUAAGUUGACCUAAAAAGGAGAAAAAUAUGCCUCAAUGUGCUUUAAUUUUCUGCAGGUAUUACACUAAUAUUUUAUGAAACUGUAUUUAUUGUGAAAACCAAAUGUUGAUAUAAUAAAAGCCAGAAGAAGCUAAA